ACUUGGGAAGACUUUUGAAAUGCUGUGAACGUGGUUUUGUUUGUUUCUAGCAAAACGAGCGCCUCUAUGUUGCCGCUGCGUUGAAUAAUGCGUGCGGCGUUUGUGUAUUCAUCAUUUCUCGUCAGGUGUCUUGGGGCGUAGUGGUCGCUCCUCAAUUGUUGGCAAACUUUGGUGUUUUAGUAGUAUUUCCCUUACAUCACCUCUAAGUGUUUUUUGGUGGAAAGUAUGCCCCUUCCCAAACUGGCACCUUGCUGCACGAAGAAAGACCAAGUGGAAAAUGCUUGCCCUGAGGAUAAUUCUGAGUCUCUGGAAGCUGAUGAACCUUCCGAGCAAACCAUUGGAAUCGCGGCCCACUUCCCUCAACUAUCUACCAUGGACCAGAAGCCGAACCUGAGGACGGAUGCGGCGUACAAGAAGCUGGAGGCGCUGUUCAACAGCGGUGGCAAGUCGCUGAACAUGAAUGAUAUGUUCAAGGCCGACAGCCAACGGUUCAGCAAGUUCAGCGUGGUGCUUCCUACACCCGCCGCCGGUGACAUUCUGCUGGACUUCUCCAAGAACCGGAUCAACGAGGAGAUACUCGCCGCCCUGUUCGACUUGGCGCGCGCCCGCCACGUGGAGGCGGCGCGCGACGCCAUGUUCGCCGGCGAGAGGAUCAACUUCACCGAGGACCGGGCCGUGCUGCACACGGCCCUGCGAAACCGCAGCGGCCGGCCGGUGACGGUCGACGGCGAGGACGUCAUGCCCGCCGUCAACGCCGUGCUGGCGCACAUGAAGGAGUUCUGCGGCGAGGUCAUCUCGGGCAGCUGGAAGGGCUACACGGGCAAGGCGAUCACCGAUGUGGUCAACAUCGGCAUCGGUGGCUCGGACCUGGGCCCGCUGAUGGUGACGGAGGCCCUGAAGCCGUACCAAGCCGGCCCCAACGUCCACUUCGUCUCCAACAUCGACGGCACGCACCUGGCCAAGACGCUCAAGGCGCUGAACGCCGAAACGACGCUGUUCAUCGUCGCCUCGAAGACGUUCACCACGCAGGAGACCAUCACCAACUCGACGUCGGCGAAGGAGUGGUUCCUGUCGCAGGCCGGCGAUCCGGCGAUGGUGGCCAAGCACUUCGUGGCGCUCUCCACGAACGCGACCAAGGUGAAGGAGUUCGGCAUCGACGAGCGCAACAUGUUCGGCUUCUGGGACUGGGUCGGCGGCCGCUACUCGCUCUGGUCGGCCAUCGGACUCUCGAUCGCCCUCCACGUGGGCUUCGAGAACUUCGAGCGCCUUCUGGAGGGCGCCCACUUCAUGGACAAUCACUUCCGCACGGCGCCGCUGGAGAAGAACUUGCCCGUCAUUCUGGCCGUGCUGGGCGUGUGGUACAACAACCUGUUCGGCGCCGAGACGCACGCCCUGCUACCAUACGACCAGUACAUGCACCGCUUCGCCGCCUACUUCCAGCAGGGCGACAUGGAGUCCAACGGAAAGUACGUGACGCGGAGUGGCGACACCGUCGACUACGCGACCGGUCCGAUCGUGUGGGGCGAGCCGGGCACCAACGGCCAGCACGCCUUCUACCAGCUGAUCCACCAGGGCACGCGCCUCAUCCCGGCUGACUUCAUCGCGUCCAUACAGACGCACAACCCGAUCAGCAACGGCAAGCACCACAGGAUCCUGCUGGCCAAUUUCGUGGCGCAGACGGAGGCGCUGCUGCGCGGCAAGUCUGAGGAGGCGGCACGCGCCGAGCUGGAGGCGUCUGGCACGCCGCCCGACCAGCUGCAGCGUAUCCUGCCGCACAAGGUGUUCGAGGGCAACCGGCCCACCAACAGCAUCGUGCUGCACAAGGUGUCGCCGUUCACUCUGGGCGCGCUGAUCGUGAUGUACGAGCACAAGAUAUUCACCCAGGGCGUGAUCUGGGACAUCAACUCCUUCGACCAGUGGGGCGUCGAGCUGGGCAAGCAGCUGGCCAAGGCCGUGGAGCCUGAGUUGGCAGACAGAACGCCCGUCAGCGGACACGACAACAGCACAAACGGCAUCAUCAACUUCAUCAAGGCCAGCAUGUAGGCGCGUCCCCGACUGUCGGUUCUUGCCGGCGUGUCCGUCGUAGCUGUGGUGCAGGGUAGCAGUCGUCUGUAGGUCGUGAUCGCUCUCUCCCUUACACGAUGGCUGCGACACGUUUCCGCCAUUGGUGACGGUCUGUCGUCCGCGUCGGAGCGGAAUGAAGAGUUAUGUUUAAGGAUCGUUGUUUUUUACGAAGAAAUUUACGUCGCGUUUUCAGUGAACAAAAUGUUUGUUGCGAGCUUUCAAAUCUGCUGCGAUUUGGUCUGCGUGAUCCCUGGGGACAGACCACGGUUAUCCCCCGUGACACCUUCCAAAACUGGCGGUCAACGUCUCGUCCGCAGCGCGGUCGCGUGUCGCGCGCGGUUACGGUGCUCCUUUGCUGUUUUGCUGCGUCGCUGCCACUGCGAUUCGGAGUCAUUUCAAUACAUAUCGGGCCAGCCCACGCGCGACUCCGCGGUCUGCUCGUUCCGCCGGGC